ACUAUAUAUAGAAGAGACGCGCCCAUAAACAGGGCUUUCUGUGUAGUUCAUUUCAGAACAAAAGGAGGUUUCCAUUCGUCUUUUUAAAAGGAAUUGGAUAUAAACAAGCAAUUACUUACUGCCUUGUAAGCUUCAAGUAUCAACAAAAGAAGUCUUGGUUUUUUUUGUUUGUUUACGCUACUUAAUCUUUGAGUUCAUCGUCUCUUUGUACUCUUUUAUAACCUUUUUCUUUUUUUUUUAUUUUCAAUUAUAAUAAUGUCUGGAGGAAAAUCUGGUGGUAAAGCAGCUGUUGCCAAGUCUGCUCAAUCUCGUUCCGCCAAGGCUGGUUUGGCCUUCCCUGUCGGUCGUGUUCAUCGUUUGUUGCGUAAGGGUAACUAUGCUCAACGUGUUGGUGCUGGUGCUCCCGUUUAUUUGGCUGCCGUUUUGGAAUAUUUGGCUGCUGAAAUUCUCGAAUUGGCUGGUAACGCCGCUCGUGACAACAAGAAGACUCGUAUUAUUCCCCGUCAUCUUCAACUUGCUAUCCGUAACGAUGAAGAAUUGAACAAGCUUUUGGGUCAUGUCACCAUUGCCCAAGGUGGUGUUGUUCCCAACAUUAACGCCCAUCUCUUGCCUAAGCAAUCUGGCAAGGCUAACCCUAGUCAAGAGUUUUAAGAAGACAUGUGUGUUACAAAAGUCAUGGAAUACGUUGGGUUAAGAUGAUUAUGUAUGUAUAUUAAUGAGCAUUUAUUUUCUAAUAUAAUUUCCUUUUGAGGUAUAUA